AUGAAAGGUAGGAAAACACAAAAUCAGAUUAGAACUCUAGCAACAGAAGGAGGGACUAUACUGAAGACUGCAGACUCUAUAGAAGCUGAAAUUGUGGGAUACUACAAGAGAUUACUAGGCUCCAGUACCCAGGAACUUCAUGCUAUCAAUCCUGGAGUUAUGCAAGGGGGAUCAAUGCUAAGUAGAAGUCAACAAUUGCAGCUCAUAGCACCAUUUACUAGAGAAAAUGUAUCUCAAGCCUUGAAUGGGAUAGAUGAUUCAAAAGCCCCAAGUAGAGAUGGUUUUAAUUCCCGCCUCUUUAAAAAAUCUUGGAAUGUGCUUGGUGAUGAAGUAACAGAUGCAGUAAAAGGCUAUGGUAGAAGGGGCAUAUCUCCUAGAUAUAUGGUCAAGAUUGACAUGCAAAAAGCAUAUGAUUCCAUUGAAUGGGUGUUCCUGGAACAAGUACUAUCAGGCCUUAACUUUCUAGAAAAGUUUGUCAAAUGGAUCAUGAGUUGCAUCAGCACAGUUACAUACUCCAUUAUUAUCAAUGGUAGCCCAACCCCUCCUUUUACUGCUAAGAGAGGGAUAAGACAAGGUGACCUUAUGUCACCUUUUCUUUUUGUACUGGCAAUGGAGUAUCUAACAAGGUUACUGAGAACUUUGAAGAGCAAACCAAACUUUAACUAUCACCCAAUGUGUGAGAAGCUAAGAAUAGCCAAUCAAAGCAAAAGCUGUGCCUAUUUUGGAGGAGUACCAGAGGGAGUUCAACAGGAUAUUCUGCAGACUCUUGGAUUUAGCAGGGGGAAUUUACCAUUCAGAUAUCUUGGGAUUUUCCCACUCCCAAAGAAAAUUAUUAAAAGAUUGAGACAAUAUGUAAAAAGUUUCUAUGGACAGGAGAAACUGAAGGCUGCAAUUGUCAAACACUUGUGGAACUUACACAAGAAAAAGGAUAGACUAUGGAUCCAAUGGGUACACACAUAUUACAUACAAAGAAGGCAAGUUUGGUCUGUUAAUGCUAAACAAGCCUCAUGGCUGAUCCAAAAGAUUAUUCAAGUUGCAAAGUACCUGAAUGAGGCCGCCUUGAACAUUGAACAGGAGCUUAAUACAGAGAAAUACUCCAUCAGAGAUGUCUACAACAAAUUGAGAGGAGAUUUUCCAAAAAUAUCUUGGAAAAGGAAAGGAACUGCAGAGUAUUUAACCAGAAGAAAAGGAGAAUGGAAGACAUCACACGAUUGA